CGCGCGGAGAAGCGCAAGCUCGAGCAGAAGCUCGAGGAGGUGUCCGCGAACACGGCCAAGUCGUCGGAGGCGCGCGAGGAGGAGCGGACGCGCAUCGUCGGCCAGACCAUGGUCCAGGCCUUCAAGGCGCGCCGCGCGUCGACGCUCGCGCCCGUCGAGGAGCAGAAGGCCGACGUCCAGGCGUCCGUCAUGUACGCGGCGCCGAAGCCGACGCGCGUCGGCCUCGAGCGCAUGUCGUCGAAGCGCCGGCUCUCGGCCGCGGGGGGGUCCGUCCGCGCCGUCAACGUCGCCGCGCUCCGGCAGGCGCCCAAGGUCGCGCCGGACCUCGUCGUCGAGGACAGCAGCGACAGCGACAGCGGCGACGACGACGACGCGCCGCCGCCGGCGUCCCCGGGCUCGACGGGGCCGACGCCGGCGAAGCGGGACCUCGAGGAGGCGUAG